AUGCAGGAGUCAGAGCCCACAGUGUGCCAGCUGCAGCCCAACAUCAUCUCAGUGCGUCUUUUCAAGAGGAAGGUCGGUGGGCUGGGCUUCCUGGUGAAGCAGAGGGUGUCCAAGCCGCCUGUCAUUGUGUCGGACCUGAUCCGUGGGGGGGCGGCAGAGGAGUGCGGCCUGGUGCAGGUGGGCGACAUCGUGUUGGCGGUCAACAACAAGCCCCUGGUGGAGCUGUCCUACGAGCGGGCCCUGGAGACGCUGAAGAACGUGAUGGUCGAGAGCCACGCCGUGCUGAUCCUCCGCGGGCCUGAGGGCUUCACCACCCACCUGGAGACCACCCUAUCCGGAGAUGGCCGCCAACGCACAGUGAGGGUCACACGUCCCGCCUUCCCACCCUCCAAGUCCUACGAGCACUGCUCCCCUCUGAGCCCCUUCAGCCCUGGGCAGCAGCAGCAGGUCAACAAGGAGCCCCAGCUGAGGGCCAUUGAGAACCUGUCCACUCCGUCCAUCCCCCAGGACCCCCUGCUGAGCCGCGGGGCGCUCCUGUGCAACGGGAUGGAGGAGAACAACGAGCUCCUGAAGGAGAUCGAACCAGUGCUGCGCCUCAUCAAAAACAGCAAAAGGGAGAUCAAUGGAGAAGGCCAGAGGAACGUGGGGAGAAGAGAUGCCCAGAUUCAAGUGGCCAGGGACCUUGGCGUGGGAAAUGGCACGUCUCCCCAGCUGGCGUCAGAUAACAACAGAAUGCUGGAAAACAUGCCGGUGGUGCUCCACAACGCUGACACUAACAAGCCCCCGGCUCUGGGAAGGACCUCACCCACUAAGUCACUUCAGAAUGGAAGCCCCUCCAAAUGCCCCCGCUUCAUUAAGAUCAAGAACUGGGAAACUGGCACCCUCUACAAUGACACACUCCACCACAGCUCCAGCAAGAUGCCACUCUGUAAUGAAAAUGUGUGCAUGGGCUCCAUGAUGAUGCCGCCCCCUGUCCGCAAACCAGACGAGUUCAGAACCAAAGAGGAGCUUCUUCCACUGGCCACUGACUUCAUAGACCAGUACUACACCUCUAUCAAAAGAUUCGGCUCUAAGGCUCAUGUGGACAGGCUGGAGGAAGUAACCAAGGAGAUUGAAAUUUCGGACACUUACCAGCUGAAAGACACUGAACUGAUUUAUGGAGCCAAGCACGCCUGGAGGAAUGCUGCCCGAUGUGUAGGGAGGAUCCAGUGGUCCAAACUGCAGCUUUUUGAUGCUAGAGACUGCACAACAGCUCAUGGAAUGUACAACUACAUCUGUAACCACAUCAAGUACGCCACCAACAAAGGCAAUCUGAGGUCGGCAAUCACCAUAUUCCCUCAGAGGAUAGAUGGAAAACAUGACUAUCGAGUGUGGAACUGUCAGCUGAUUCGCUACGCUGGAUACAAAAUGCCUGAUGGAAAGAUCCAAGGGGACCCUGCUAAUGUCGAAUUUACUGAGAUCUGCACGCAGCUGGGAUGGAAAGGUCCAAAGGGUCGUUUUGAUGUCCUGCCCCUCCUGCUGCAAGCCAAUGGAAAUGAUCCCGAGCUGUUCGAAAUUCCCGAAGACCUCAUCCUGGAGGUGCCAUUCACACACCCUAAGUACGACUGGUUCAAGGACCUGGAGCUGAAGUGGUACUCCCUCCCGGCGGUCUCCAACAUGCUGCUUGAGAUCGGGGGUCUGGAGUUCACUGGCUGCCCAUUCAGUGGCUGGUACAUGGGCACAGAGAUCGGCGUGAGAGACUUCUGUGACAGCUCGCGCUACAACAUUCUGGAGGAAGUUGCUGACAAGAUGGCCUUAGACACCAGGAAGACUUCCUCCCUUUGGAAAGACCAGGCAUGUGUGGAAAUCAACAUCGCUGUUCUCUACAGCUUCCAGCUGUGCAAAGUCACCAUAGUGGACCAUCACUCAGCCACAGAGUCCUUCAUGAAGCACAUGGAGAAUGAGUACCGGGUGCGAGGUGGCUGCCCCGGAGACUGGGUGUGGAUUGUGCCUUCCAUGUCAGGAAGUAUCACACCGGUGUUCCACCAAGAAAUGAUCAACUAUCGCCUCACCCCUUCCUUUGAGUACCAGCUCGAUCCCUGGAAUACCUAUGUGUGGAAGGGAGCCAACGGGACGCCGACAAAGAAGAGAACCAUUGGAUUCAAGAAGCUUGCCAAGGCUGUGAAGUUUUCAGCCAAGCUCAUGGGCCAAGCCAUGGCCAAGAGGGUGAAAGCCACCAUACUGUUUGCAACGGAGACGGGCAAAUCGCAAGAUUAUGCCAAAACUCUGUGUGAAAUCUUCAAGCACGCAUUCGACGCAAAGGUCAUGUCGAUGGAUGAAUACGAUGUGGUGGACCUGGAGCACGAGACGCUGGUGUUAGCGGUGACCAGCACAUUCGGCAAUGGUGAUCCACCAGAGAAUGGAGAGAAAUUUGGAGCUGCCUUAAUGGAGAUGCGCCACCCAACAUCCAACACAGAAGAUAGAAAGAGCUACAAGGUCCGUUUCAACAGCGUGUCCUCCUACUCUGACACUCGCAAGUCCUCCAGUGACGAGCCAGAACCCAGGAUUAACUUUGAGAGCACCGGACCACUCGCAAAUGUCAGUGCACAGAUUCCUGACAUGUUGAAUAUGAAAGAAACACAAACAUGUCGCCCUAAGUUAAAGUUCUCAGUGUUUGGCCUUGGCUCCAGGGCCUACCCACACUUCUGCGCCUUUGCCCACGCUGUGGACACGCUGUUUGAAGAGCUGGGGGGGGAGCGCAUCCUACGUAUGGGAGAGGGAGAUGAGCUGUGUGGCCAGGAGGAGUCAUUCAGAACCUGGGCCAAGAAGGUUUUUAAGGCUGCCUGUGACGUGUUUUGUGUUGGCGAUGACGUGAACAUCGAGAAGGCCAACGACUCCUUGAUCAGUAACGACCGCAGCUGGAAGAAGAGCAAGUUCCGCAUGACUUACACAGCCGAGGCCCCGGCCCUCACAGAAGCAUUGCACAGUGUUCACAAGAAGAUGGUGUACGGUGCAAAGAUGCUAGAAUCUCAAAAUUUGCAAAGUUCUAAAUCCAAUCGCUCCACCAUAUUUGUGCGGCUCCACACUAACAACCAUGACAAGCUGAGCUACCAGCCCGGCGACCAUCUGGGCAUCUUCCCUGGCAACCACGAGGACCUGGUGACAGCACUCAUGGAUAAACUGGAAGACGCUCCGCCUGUCAAUCAAAUUGUGAAAGUGGAGUUCCUGGAUGAGAGGAACACUGCCCUAGGUGUUAUCACUAACUGGACCAAUGAAACUCGGAUCCCUCCCUGCACCAUCUACCAGGCCUUCCAGUACUUCCUGGACAUCACCACCCCACCGAGCCCUGUGCUGCUGCAGCAGUUUGCUGCUCUGGCAACCAAUGACAAACAGAAAAAGAAACUAGAGGUCCUCAGCAAGGGCUUGCAGGAGUACGAGGAGUGGAAGUGGUUCAAUGAUCCGACGCUGGUGGAGGUGCUGGAGGAGUUCCCCUCCAUUCAGAUGCCCUCCACUCUGCUGCUCACCCAGCUGCCCCUGCUGCAGCCUCGCUACUACUCCAUCAGCUCCUCUCCAGACCUGCACCCAGGGGAGAUCCACCUCACCGUGGCUGUGGUCUCUUACCGUGCUCGGGAUGGAGUGGGACCUAUUCACCAUGGAGUGUGUUCCUCGUGGCUCAACAGCAUAGAGAAGGGGGAGAUGGUGCCAUGCUUUGUCAGAGGUGCACCAUCAUUCCGACUUCCCAAAGACAACCAAGCACCUUGUAUCCUGGUGGGCCCGGGAACAGGUAUCGCCCCUUUCAGAAGCUUCUGGCAACAAAGACUAUUUGACCUUGAACACAACGUAAUUGAGUCGUGCCCCAUGACCCUGGUGUUCGGUUGUCGGCAGUCUGAGAUGGACCACAUCUACAAGGAGGAGACCAUCCAGGCCAAGAACAAACAAGCGUUCAAGGAGCUCUACGCGGCCUAUUCAAGAGAGCCCGACAAACCAAAGAAAUACGUACAGGAUGUACUGCGGGAGCAGCUGUCAGAGACUGUGUACCAGUGCCUGAGGGAGGAGGGAGGACACAUCUACGUGUGUGGGGAUGUUACAAUGGCUGGGGAUGUUCUCAAGACCAUCCAGCAAAUCAUCAGGCAGCAAGGCAACAUGACCCUGGAGGAUGCUGGCUUCUUCCUCAGCAAGCUGCGGGAUGAGAACCGCUACCAUGAAGACAUCUUUGGAGUCACCCUGCGGACCUAUGAGGUCACCAACAGGCUUCGCUCAGAGUCCAUAGCCUUCAUUGAGGAGAGCAAAAAGGACUCGGAUGAGGUUUUCUGCGUGUAGGUCCGUGAAGCGGCGGCUUUCUGUCAACAACCAAUCUGGAGGACACAGCAACACUGGUUAAAAAAUACUGUGCCAAUUUUUGUACUGUAAAAAAAAAGAAAACAGGUUUCUUUCUUUUUUUUAUACCACUUUAAUGUUUUUGUUGGGCUCUGCGAUUUUGUCUGUAGCAAGUUGGAAAUGUUCUGUUCUCUGAAAAUCUGUUUUGCUUGUUGAUGAUACUUCCAAAAAUUAUUAAUUGAUCAUUUUGAUUCAUAAUGUGUGCACCUAGUGUAAUGACCUGCCUCAUUGUGAAUGCAUGACCAAGAAGAGAAUAUACUCAAGAAAUAUAAUAUACUCGGUGUUAUUGUUACAGUUAAAAGGCUUUUAUUGGGGUUUCCUAUUCUACGAGUUAAAGUAUGGCAUUGAUAACAAACCCGCAGAUGUUUCAGAAAUACGAAUUAAAGGGACAUUCAGAAAGGAUUCAGGGCUGGUCAAAUCUAUUGGAGCUGGGGUUUUAUUUUCAAUUAGUUUAAUGAAAAAGUCAAAUGGAAGAGAUGAUUCAAAGAUGUACAGGCAUGCAGAUAGAAACAACUGAAAGACAGAUAUUGUGCAAGCACAUUUGGCAUGCUAACAGGCUGCCCUGAUUAUGAAAACAGCUAUUUUGUCACAGCCUAAACUACCAUAUUAUAUAUCUAUUUACUGGCACUCAAUCAAAGCGCAUCAGCCACUCAGCUCUCUUUUUAUUGGCCUAUCCAUUCUCCCAACAUUAUUAUGGUACUCUGUCUCCCAGCUGGUGCUUGUCCCACCAACAGCAGCUGCAUAGGAAUUUGGAGGUCAACCAAGAAGCAAAAAGGCUUAACCUGAUUCAUAUUUAAAGAACUCUAAUCAAUUAAUUUUCAGAUUUUAACUAUCUAAUCAUUGAUGUGUUCAAUCAAAUAUUAUCCUAAUCAUAUAUCAAUCAUAUAAUCAUGCUAGAUGCAACAUUGUUUUGACAUUUCUUGAUUUGCAUAUUAUUGUUCAAUGAUCGAAUCAUUAGUUUAUAAGUUAAAGGUGUUAUUUUGGGUAUACAUUGAUCUCUAUUGCCAGGAGUAAGAUGAGAAUAUUGAUGCCACUACUUUUUGCUAUGGUUAAUGAGAAGCUACAUUCAACAGCCCGUUUGAGGCAUUCAGACAGACAAAGCAAGGAUUCCUUUGAUUCAGGGGUGUUCUUUCAUGUCUAAAUGCAGCAUUAGCUUAGCAUAAACACUGGAAACCUAGGGAAAUGCAACAAUAUCUCCCUACCAGUGCCCUAAAGGUGAACUUGUUUUCCCCCGUCACCCUGCGUUAUGAUAUGGGGACAUUACAUAUGUGGUUAAACUCCAUUAUGCUAAACUAAGACCUGUGUCCUCAUUUGUUGACAUGUUUUUCCUGCCAUCUGUGGUAGCAGAAGUAUAUUACACAAAUCAGAGUUAAAACAACAUGGCAGUCAUCUCGACACACCAAUCCUACAGCCAAUUCUGAAAAAAUGGAGGCUUGGUGUAAGUCGUAUGAUUUGUUAUAGUUUACUUUUUAUUGGCUUCUAACAAAAGUGACCAUAGCACAACAUCAAUCUUUUCAUCUUACUCUGUGAAAACGUUUCCUUUAAAAAUGACAUGUAACAAAACAAUUUAAGCUAUUGAGUUUUGAAAUGUGCAUUUAUCCACAUCACAACCCCCUAUUCCUCUUGCCUUACAUUAACUAUCUGCCUAGAUACAGCAUAUUCAUUCUCUUUUGUCCCUCUGCAUGAUUGUGCACAACCCUAGGCUUACACGCCACCCUUUCACUGUGACCUCACACACCUGCUCAGUAGCAUCCGCAUGCGUGUGUAUGUGCGCGUAUGUGCCAUAACAAUUCAGAAGUGUGCAUCUCUAUACGAGUGGGUUUCAAACAUGCAUGUGCUCAGGUGUAUGUUUUACAUGACGAUUCUGCUUGUUGUUUGUUACCUUGUCAAACUUGUCACCUUUAAAAUAAGCAUGAAUUUGUUGCUCUGUGAGUCACACAAGCCUGCAAAUCUUACAGAUGGUGUUUUGGUGACAGGAAACUGCCCACAUGGCUUUUUAAGUUUUGAUCUCAGCAGUUCAGUACUAUUGUUAUGAUAAGUUCCAGUGAUGUUUUUCAUUCAGGGACAAAAGGCAAUCCCACUGCCGCUGUGGUCAUUUUCUGCUUUCCAAUGCAUCAGGUUUGUAAAUUGAAUAUAUUGGUGGAGGGGCCACAUUGUUUAUUGAUCACCCACUCUGCAGUAACUUGUGGCUUUUCUUGUCUGUUCCCUUUAUUUGUCUUUGAUUCAAAUUAAAGGUAACUGUUAGCAUGAUAAACAGAUUUCAAUGUGAUUUUCAAACGUCCCUCACAGCUUUUCGUUUUCUAAAUUAUCUUUUAUUUACUGCCUGCAUAAAGAGGGGGAUACCCCACGUCCCCACUGUUGUUCAAUCUGGAUGAAUGUCUCCUCUGUAUAAUUUGUUUUCAACACAUUUAGUUUCAUUGGAAUGGGAGCCGUCAAGAAAACGUCUGUGAUGUCAAAUGUGCAGCAAGACAAACAAUUGAUACAUAUAGCUUCUAUAUAUAGCUUCUAUAGAUAUAUAUUCAAAGUAUAAAAUACAAAGAGUACUACUUCGAUCUUUUCUAAGAAUGUAUUUUGAUUAUGUAAAGGAGCACUUUGAUUCUGCUUGAUUUUAAAAAAAGGACAAAAAAAAAGCCUAUUCUGCGGUUUAGGGAUAAAACAGCAGCAUUGACUAAAUGCAUGGCGAUCUUCUCUCUCCUGUGUAUAUUUUAAAAGCUCUGUCUAUUUACCAGCACUGUGUCAGUCAGUGAGACUGUAUUGUGAUGGGGGAGGGGGUUUAUUUUUCUGUGUUUGCAUAUUGCUGCUACUAUAAACAACUCUGAUCCAAUCAGCCUCUGCUAUAAUGACCUUUGUUGUGUAAUUGAUUGAGGAUAUUCCAUUUUAAUGCAUCCACUGCAAGGACUUUGCAUUUACUUUCAAAUAAAGAGAAACAUUUACAGAAUAUGUCAA